GAGUCACAACAAAUGAUGUUCAAAUUGCGUUUAGUUUUGGUCGUUUUUGUGACUUUCUCGCUUAUUUCCAUCAGCCUUUUGUGGACGUUUUUCACUGAGGAUAAAUCAGGAAUAAAUGGACAAUAUUUUGUUGAGCUAAAAUUAGAAAUGCGAGAUAUGAACACAGCGCUGCAGAAUAUUAGAACGCAAGUCACGGAUAUAAGAAACGAUAUAAAUAAGUUACAAGCACGAAAACCGCAACGAGUUGUAAAAGAUUUCAGAAAAAGAAGGAAAAUUUUACCAAAAUGGAUCGAGCGCUUCCAAGCUCCGCACUGGACGGAGUUCAAACCAUGGCGUGGAGUGCUGGUGUUCUUCGCAACUUAUCGUUAUGCGUAUUUUAGAAAAUGUCUCGAGUCCAUCGCUCUAGCUUCAACAGAUAUCGACAAUUCAUCGGUAUGUGUGUUUGUGCUCGAUCGUACACCAAAGACCACAGCUAGAGACGUGAAUCAAACGCUUGAGGUCAUUCGAAACGUGACGUUCUGCAAAGUCUUCGUGUGGACAGUCAAAGAGGAAAAUAAAGAGAAAAACUACGCUUUAAAAUUCAAACGUCACUGGUGGUUUGUUUUGGAGUCUGUCUUUAACGCAACUCUCACUGGGAACUCGUUUAACGGCUGGUUGCUUGGUUACAAGCACGACAUCUUGUUCGUCGAAGAGGACACUGUCCUAUCACCAGACUUCGUAAAGGUCAUGUGGUAUGCAAGCGAGGUGAAGCGACGUAAUGCUGACAUCAUACAGUUCGCGCUUGGCGGAUGGUCUGGAGAGAACAUGAUCAAUGCACAUCCGGACACGUUUAUCGUGCGUACCGCGCGAGAUAUGCGUGGGAUCGCGUACGGUAUUAACCAAUCGACGUGGUUGUACUUUAAAACCCUCGAGAAAGAGUUCAACGCCGAUAAGCAAGCCGAUUGGUGCGAAUCGAUGGGGUUGGUUCUGGGAAAACACAACGAUAACAAAGGGUUUAGGAUUGUCGUUCCAACGUUGAGUCGUAUUUGGCAUAUAGGUGUACAUGGUCUGGGGCCUGGAGGUGAUUUUUACUGGAAACGAGGCAUAACAGCACAACCUAACUGGGCACAUGCAAGCAGGUUACUUGAGCCAAAACAUGCCCAAGUUAAUCUUGGCCUCAGAGAUAUCCUGGGCUUUCUUUGUGAGAGCAGAAUUGAAUUUUGGUUUCUUAAAGAAACGGAGUGUCUCAACAGCUUCGCAAGAUGGAAAGGAAAGGAUAGAAACAGAAUAAUGUGUGUGAAACAGCCAUAUGUUCAUGAUCUGUGCGAUGUUUUUGUACCAAGUUGAAAUAUUUUAAAUAGAGAAA